UGUUUGGGCUCAACUUUGGGCCAUGAUUUUAAAUCAAGUCAUUUUAUACAGUGGAUUUGAAAAGCCCAAAAAGAUGGAUUUUAAAUUUGGGCACAAUACUUGGUAUUUGCCAAAUCCUCACCCACGAAAUCCAACCCCUCAAAACCCCGACUCCUCUUUUUCUCCUCUCUCACGCCGCUCGCGUCAAAGUCCCGACUGGAUCUCGAUCUCGAUCUCCAUCUCAAAGCUCGAUCUCGAUCUCGAUCCAUCGCAGCUUGUUUUCUCCUCUCUUUCGGUUGCUCUCCUCAAACUUCUGCAGUUUCUGAUUGGGAUUCAAGUAAGAACUCCAAGCCGCAAAUUGAGCACUUCUUCAAGCUCUUCUGAUUGCCUUCUCAUCCGUCAACAAUUGCAGGAUGCUAUCGGGGCACUUGAUGGGACUCAUAUCCAAUUAACUAUUCCCUUGGAAGAUCAAAGUAGAUAUCGAAAUAGAAAAGGAGAGACUAGUACAAAUGCACUAGGUGUUUGUGAUGCCAAUUUGAGAUUUUCAUAUGUGCUACCUGGUUGGGAGGGUUCAACAUCAGAUUCUCGUGUUUUGCGUGAUGCUUUGCGUCGACCCAAUGACUUGAAACUUCCCUCAAAUAAAUACUUUCUUGUGGAUGCUGGGUAUACAAAUGGGUCGGGGUUUUUGGCACCUUAUAGAGGGACUCGCUAUCAUAUAAAGUCUUGGAGAGAAAAUGGUCCAAGAAACUACAAGGAGCUAUUUAACCAACGUCAUUCCUCUGCUAGAAACACAAUUGAGAGGGCAUUCGGAUUGCUAAAAAAACGAUGGGCUAUAUUACGGACAGCUAGCUUUUAUAGUAUUAAGACUCAAAUUAGGAUCAUUAAUGCAUGUUGUAUUCUUCACAAUUUUUUACGUGAAGAGAUGAAUGAAGACGACUUGUUGAAUGACGUGGAUCGAGAAUUAGAAGAUGAUCCUGUUUUAGAAAUUGAGAAUGUAGAUGAGGAUCGUAUCACCACUGUGAGAGUUACAAAUGAAUGGAGUAACUUUAGAGAUGAUUUAGCUAUGCAAAUGUGGGUGCGAGAGCGAUCCGAAGGGAUGGCUAAUCCAGAUGCAAAAGGCUACCAGAAUCGUUUGAUUGAAAAUUGGGAUGACAUUAUGGUGUUAUGUGCAAAAGAUAGAGCCAAUGGUGAAGGUGCAGAAACCUUUGAAGAGGCUGCUAAUGCAAUCUUUGUCUCACCAGGUGUUAUUGUUUCUCUUGUCCAACUCCUUUUACGAUCAUAUCCAGUCAAGUGUGAUAUUGUGCUGAGAGUGCUUGUGCUUUGGUCUCACCUUUUUCGGUUCUCAUUGUCAUUUGAUAUAGCUUGCUUCUUUGUCGAAUGA